UUUUAGAUAAUAAUUAGUUACUGACAACCGUUUGUACGCACGCAUACGUUUCAAAGGAGCGGUGAAUUGAUGCAUUUGGUCACGCCCAAGGGAGGCAACAAAAUGCGAACUGCGUCUUGUUUGUAUCUUCUCCUGUUGUGCUAUGAGAUCAGUGGGGACGGUCGACUACAAGUAAAAUUCAAACAGCUCAGCAGUCCAUUUGCCCCAAGAGACUUCAACGCUGACUGUUGCGACGGUGAACCGGCUCCACGUUGCCUUCGUUUGUGUUUUCCAAAGUUUAAGAUAUGCUACAAAGGAGCAACAUCAAGUGGAAGCUGCUUAAAAACAAUUGAAACAGGAUAUUUCUACAAUCUAAUUAAACAACCAGUAAGCUCUCUACUUAUAUUUACUGACAGUGAUGGAACUUUCAACUUUAGCGUCAACGCAUCAGCUCCGGAUCAACAUUAUAUUCAAGUAGAGGUGAUCGAUACUUCACUAAAACUAAUAGACAUAAUCGAUAUAUCAGCGGCUUCCAGUUUGAUAAAUCAGACAUCAGACUUUACUGGUUCACGUGCAACCCUUCCAAUAACAUUGACAGUAGAGUGGCAGUUGCUCUGUGAUAAAAACUGGUAUGACAACGAUUGUGGUGAAUACUGUGUGGCUCAAGACACAGCAAUCCCACCAGCCCAUUACACAUGCAACGCGACAACGGGACAAAGGAUAUGCCUUGCAGGUUACGAGAAUCCAGACAGAAACUGUUCAACCGAGAUUAAUGAGUGUGAAUCGACUCCUUGUCAAAAUGGAGCUACAUGUCGUGAUGAUCUACGAAGAUACAGUUGUCAGUGUCCCAACUACUACACUGGAGGUCACUGUGAGACAGCAAUUUUUUGUUCAUCUUCUCCGUGUGAGAACAAUGGCACAUGUCAAGACUUAACCAACUCGUACAAAUGCACGUGCCAUCGUGAUUACACAGGAACAAACUGUGAAACACAUAUAGACGACUGUGCAUCUUAUCCUUGCCAAAAUGGGGGCCAAUGCAAUGAUGGCACUCUCAGCUACCAGUGUGACUGUAAGGAUGGCUAUACAGGCAUACACUGUGAAACAGAGAUGAAUGAAUGUUCGUCCAGUCCAUGUGUGCAAGGUACCUGUAUGGAUUAUGUUGCUUCCUACCGUUGCAAUUGUAGCCUAGGAUACACAGGAGUCAACUGUCAAACAGAAAUUGAUGAAUGUUCGUCGAGUCCGUGUCUACAUGGUGGUACAUGCUCAAAUCACAUUGACUCAUAUUCUUGCUCAUGUGAUGUCGGAUACACAGGAGUCAACUGUGCAACAGAAAUUGAUGAGUGCAAUCAACAUGAUUGUGUAAACGGGGCAUGCCGAGAUCAAAUCGGGUUCUUCGUGUGUAACUGUACAGCUGGCUACACGGGAACAAAAUGCGAAACAGAAAUCUUUGAGUGUUCUUCCAAUCCGUGUCAGCAUAGCGGAACUUGUGUGGAUAUGAUCAAUGGAUAUCAAUGUCAAUGCACAGGAGGAUACACUGACAAGCAUUGCGACAUAAAUAUUGACGAAUGUCAAAGCAACCCAUGUCAAAAUGGAGGCAACUGUCUUGACCUGGUGAACAGUUAUCAAUGCAGCUGCCAAACAGGAUACACAGACAGUCACUGUACAAUGAAUAUUAAUGAGUGUGCAUCCAUCCCAUGUCAAAAUAAUGCCACUUGUCAAGACAACAUUGGGCAGUUCGAAUGUUUGUGUCCGACUGGAUUCACAGACACUUUAUGUCAAACAAAUAUCGAUGAUUGUGUCAGAGUGCAGUGUCUCAAUGGUGGUUAUUGUAGUGAUCUCAUUGCUGACUAUCACUGCAACUGUCCUCCUGGAUACACAGGAAAGCGAUGUGAUGUUGAUAUCAACGAAUGUUUGUCUAAUCCUUGUCAGAAUGGCAUGUGUACACAUCAAGUUAAUCUCUACAAAUGUACCUGCAAUCAAGGAUACAUGGGCACAAAUUGUGAAAUGAAUAUCGAUGACUGUGCUACCAACCCGUGUCAGAGCAAUGCCACGUGCAGAGAUGGAGUAAACAGAUACUCAUGUGAAUGUCCUCAUGGAUACACAGGUGCCCAUUGUGAACAAGAGAUUGAUGAGUGUAACUCCAACCCAUGUCAACAUGGAGGAAAGUGUGAAAACCACCCUGGCUUCUAUGUCUGUACAUGUCCGACAGGAUAUACAGGUCACACCUGUGAAACAAAUAUUGACAAUUGUGUUAACCACACAUGUCAGAGACAUGCAGUUUGUGUUGAUGGUAUCGAUACAUACACAUGCUCUUGUCAAACAGGAUACACAGGUCUACAGUGUGAGACAGAUAUUGACGAGUGUUUGUCCAAUCCGUGUAUGAAUCGAGGAACAUGCAAAGACCAUAUUGCCCGUUACACUUGCGAUUGCAUCGCGGGGUUUAUAGACACAAAUUGUCAAACAGAUGAAAACGAUUGCAAUCCCAACCCAUGCCAAAAUGGUGCUAUGUGUUCAGAUAAAGUAAAUAACUACACGUGUCAAUGUCAGAAUGGAUACAACGGCCGUAACUGUGAAGUUGAUAUCAACGAAUGUGAUUCUAAUCCUUGUCAACAUGGUGCAGCAUGUGUAAACCAACCCGGGGAAUACUCAUGCGACUGUAUUCCUGGUUAUCGUGGAGACAACUGUGAGAUGCAGAUUGAUGAAUGUGCGUCUAAUCCAUGCAGAGAGAAUAGAGGAAGAUGCAUCGACGAGAUAAACAAAUUCACUUGUGCCUGUGACCCAGGCUACAUGGGGCGUUUAUGUGAAACAGAGAUAAGAGAAUGUUUAUCCAACCCAUGUCAGAAUAAUGGAAAUUGUAUUGAGCUCAUCAACAAAUACAGUUGUGAUUGUCUUCCCGGAUACGAAGGACCUCAGUGUCAAUUAGAAAUUGAAGAGUGCAUGUCGCAACCAUGCCGAAACAAUGGCAGUUGUCGUGAGGCAGUAAAUGGAUACACUUGUGCUUGCGAAUCAGGCUACUCGGGAACAAACUGUGAAAAAGUGGGCAUCACUGAAAACGGCAGUAGUGGUCUAUCUAGCGCUGACAUCGGUAUCAUCGUUGGCACUGUCAAUGGGGUGGUCGUGAUUGGAUUAAUCAUUCUAUUCUAUUUCCUUUGCAAACGCUUCAAGUUCGAUGAUCGGUUGACUCAGCUUAGGCAGAUCAUGUACAACGCUGCCUCCACACCCAAACAAAUGACAUCAUAUUUAGACUCACGGAUAAACGACUACGAAGAAGUAGAGAAUGACAUGUCCUCGGACGAGCUCAAGUCAUACCAAACGCAAUAUACUACUCUUACAAGAAGCACUCUUUCACGUCAACAGACGAUGACUAAGAGUGCUCACAGUGGUGAAGGUACUAUACCCCGAGACCAAUCAACAUUGAAACGUCAUUACUAUCCAAACCCAAGUUAUGAUCAAAAUUGGAGCUUUGAUUUGGAAGCUACUACCGACAGCUACAAGCUAAGGGAACUCCAGUCGGAAAAGACAACAGCAUAACUCUAAUCAACAUGUUUUUCAAAUUUGGCCUUUAGAAGUAAAAUUGUGGGAGGGAGAACAUCAAUUACAAGUUUUGUAGUGCAGAUUAAAUUGCACAAUUUAUAGUCUUGGACUGUGUGGCUUGAAUGAAUCGAUUUUGUAAUUGUUUAGGAAUAAUAUUGCUGUAUGUCAUUGGGUGAAUAAACACAAAAUAUCUCGUUUGUUUAGUUC